AUGCUUUGGAUCAUUUUUCUAUUUAAUAUUACAUUUGAGCAAAGUCUUUUCUAUUCCGCCUAUGAAGACUCUACAUUGACAAUUUAAGAUAGUAAUAAUACAUUUAAAUUAGAUUGGUAAUUUUUUGGAAAUACUACUACCGAUAUAAUUUCAACUUGUGGAUCUUCUAGUAUUAUAGGAGGAUACAAUUUAUUCUCUAAUGGAGUUGCAGCUACACUUUUUAUUGAUCUACAACCUCAUUAUAAAAUGAAAAUUUCAUUCUCAUUAUUUAUGUAUAUUCUACUCUUAGUAAUAGUAUAGAUACAUGGGAUAAUGAAUAUUUUUAUUUAUAUGCAGAUUAAGAUCUAGUCUUUACUUAAAAAUAUAGUAAUAUAAAUGGAUAAGGUGAAAUAUGUGGAUAACCAGGGUCUAAUAGAAAGGACUAGAUCCAUCAAAUUGAAAUUGAAUUUGAUCACACAGGAUUGACUAGUUUUAUCUAAUUAACAUCAAAUUUAAAUGAUAGUGCUGAUGAUGUAAAGUAUAUGUUUUAUUUAAGGAAUCAUGGGGUUUUAGGAAUUUCAGAAUUUACAUUUUUGAAUGUCCACCUUAAUGUUAUGUUUGUUCAAAAGUUGAUUAGUAACUUUAGUGCGAAAAAUGGAUUAGAGCUUAUUCAAUAUUUACAUAAUUAUUAGAAAAUGAAUUCUAAGAAAAUACUCUAAUUUCAGUUAUUAAUGGAGAAACAACUAAAUAAUUAUGUUCUUGUAAAAUUUUAUAUCAAUAUAGAAAUUCCAAUUAUGUGUGGUUAUGGUGUUUGUGGGAGGGAUACUAUAAUAUAAAUGAAUAAUUUAUAGCUUCCAUUUCAUACAAGAAUUAAAAUUAAACUUAAGUAUUUGAUAAUAGAUAGUUGGGAAUCCACUGAUUAUGCUAAAAUUCUAGUCGAUGGAGUUCUUCGAUGGACUUCUGAAUUAUCAUUAACUAAUUAAAAUCUAUAUAGAGUUUGUGGAGGAGGUUCUAAAGGUAUUUUUGUAAAUUUGGAACUUACAUUCCCUCACAUAUAAACUAGUACAACAAUUCAAAUUUUAAAUACAUUGAAUUAGGAUUUUUUAGAUGAAUCUUUUGGUUUAAGAGAUUUAACAAUUUAUACUUGUAAUAUUUUAAUAAUUUAAGUAGAAUAAUCAAAUUGUGGGGAUUAAAUCAUAUAGGAAAAUGAAGAAUGUGAUGAUGGUAAUUUGGUUCCGUUUGAUGGUUGUUUUAGUUGUUUAUAUUCUUGUGUUGAUGGAUGUGAGAUAUGUGAGAAAGGUAAUUGCUUACGUUGUGGUUAAGGUUGGAUUCUUUAGAGAUAAAUAUAAAAAUGUUAAAGAAUUGAUAUUUAGUCUAAAGUUAAAGAAGAUAAAUGUACUGAUUAAUAAAAUGAUAUUGAAAUGAAUUAAAUUAGGAGAGACUGUGAAAUAAUGGAUUAUUCAAGUUUAGUUGUAUUUGAAGAAGAAAUAUUAAAUAAAUGUUAACCAUAAUGUAAGAUUUGUAUUUAAAGUGUUUGUUAUUAAUGUUAAGUAGGAUAGAAUUUAAUAUUGGGAUAAUGUUAUGAACUAUUAAAAAAUUCUAUUUCAUUAGAAGAUUUAUAAAAAUAAGAAUUUAUAUGUGAUUUUAAUUGUAAAGAUUGUAGAAAUGGUAUAUGUUAUGAAUGUUACGAAACAUUUUUAAUAUUAGAUAAUAAAUGUGUAGGUAUUUGUGGAGAUUAAAUUAUUCAAUUAAAUGAAGAAUGUGAUGAUGGUAAUAAUGUAGAAUUUGAUGGUUGUUAUUAUUGUAGAUAUUCAUGUUCUUAAGAUUGUAGUUUUUGUUAAAACGGAAUUUGUAUAGAUAAAUGUUAAUAAGGCUAUUAUUUUAUUGAUAAUUCUUGUUAAACUAUAUGUGGAGAUUCUAUCUUAGUUGGAUUUGAAUAAUGUGAAGAUGAAAAUAAUAUUUAAUAUGAUGGAUGUUAUCAAUGUAGAUAUUCUUGUCCUUUAUUUUGUAAUGAUUGUUUAAAUGGAUAAUGUUAUAAUUGUGAUUAAGGUUUUAUUCUCUCUUAAAAUAUUUGUAUAGAUGUUUGUGGUGAUGGAUUACUUUCCAUUUAAGAGGAAUGUGAUGAUGGUAAUCAAAUUAAUGGUGAUGGUUGUUCAAAAAAAUGUUAAUUAGAAACUAAUUGGAUUUGUAAUAAAAAUGGAGAUUGUGCAUAUGUUGAGUAUCCUAUUCCCAUUAUUGAAUAUUAUAAAUAAGAAAAUUAAUUUUAAUAUGUCAAAAUGA